AUGGUCCCUGGCCAAGCGGUCGUGCUGUAUUGGCACCUGCGUAUCGUGGUCCAUGAUAUUGCGAGCCUACGAUGGGUCUUGUGGAUGGCUUUUACGAAUUCUUGCAUCUUUCACGUACCUAUGACUGUGCUAUUCUUUGGCGUGAGCAGCGGCGACGCCCGCUUCGUACGGCCGGCCAUGAUCUACGAUCGUAUCCAAGUGACGGGCUUUUGCAUCCAGGACCUGAUCAUCUGCGGUUUGUAUAUGCGCGAAGCAAUGCGGUCGCUGAAAUUAAUCACGCAGAUGCGCGGUCCCGACGGACGCAAAGUCAUGAUUCAUCUCAUUUGGGUGAACGUACUCGUGGUCGUCAUGAAUAUCCUGCUCCUCAUCACAGAGUACAAAGUGCACUAUAUCCAAGUCAGUUUCAAGACAGUGGUGUACAGCAUCAAGCUAAAGCUGGAGUUCUCUGUGCUCAAUCGGCUCUGCACUCUCGUGCAAUCAUUACCGUGUAUUUGUCAACAGAGUCAUAACCAACAAGGGCCACCAAACAAUGCGAACUCUCAGAACGCAAAGAUUGAAAGCUCAGACGGUCGCUCAGGCAUGAAGGAGCGGUCUGAGUUAAACCAGGUCCCCUCGCCACAAGAUUUGCCGCCUUCCCAUGCCUCUGGGCUUGGAUCGACGUCACACAAGCGCCCUGAUAAUCAUAUUCGUCUGCGCGAAGACUUUUCUUCGGCAUCGACUUUCUUCGACAGUAACCUCCCGGGAUCUGUCACGGGAUCAGCAGAAAAUUUAUGCAGGGUCGAAUCAGAAGCGUCCGAUGGAGGGCCAAAACUUGAUGUCUGA